CUAAAUUGAAAUAAAUUCACUCCAGCUCCUCCCCCGCCGCCGCCCUCCCCUGCCUCGCCUCCUCGCUCCUCCGCCACCUCUCGUGCGCCCGCCCUUCCAUCCAUCCCGAGGCCUCCACCUCCCUCCCUGGUCUGCUGGCCCCCUGCUCCCCACCUUUGCUACGACGUUACCAUGGAGGACAUGGAGCCCAAGAACGCCGCAACCGGCCCCACCUUCGCCCCCCCGCUCUUCUCCUUCUCCAACCCCGGCGGCGCCUCUUUCGGCUUCGGUUUCGGGUUCGACUCCGGCGCUCCUCCGCCGCCCCCGCCGCCUGCCGUUGAGGUCCUUCUCUCCGAGGAAUCGCCCGUCGCAGUCGCCAGCUUGGAGCCGGUGAUGGUCGAUGACUCCCUGUCGAUUUAUAAGGGGAGAGUGAGUACAGCUGAUGUUUUUGCGGUAAAAAACUCUGAUUUGGUCCCAGGAAAAUAUGAAGGUGGGUUGAAGCUGUGGGAAGGUUCAUUAGACUUGGUGAAGACCCUAAAUUCUGAGAUCAAAGGCGAUAGAUUGCUUCUAGAAGGCAAACGUGUAUUAGAGCUUGGAUGUGGACAUGGCCUCCCUGGCAUCUUUGCAGGUCUUAAGGGUGCUGGCCUGAUUCAUUUCCAAGAUUUCAAUGCUGAGGUGCUUAAGUGCCUCACCAUACCAAAUGUAAAAGUGAAUCUUUUCAAGGAGACAUCUGAAGGAACAUGCACAUCUAGUAGUGUUGGUUUCUUUGCUGGUGAUUGGAGUGAAAUGGAUAAGCUGCUUCUUUGUGGGGAUGCUGAGAAAGACAAAACAACUGGUGGUGAUACAGAAGAUAAAACGUAUAAUGGCUAUGAUAUCAUACUGAUGGCUGAGACUAUCUAUGCAUUAUCUUCUCUUCCAAAUCUCUACAGGCUCAUCAAGAAGUGCUUGCACUACUCUGGGGGUGUGGUUUACAUGGCAGGGAAAAAGCAUUACUUUGGAGUAGGUGGUGGCACAAGGCAGUUUCUACGCUUGGUUGAAGAAGAUGGCGCCAUGCAACCUGAGCUGCUGAAUGAUGUUGCUGAUGGAUCAUCCAAUGUUAGGGAGGUUUGGAAAUUCUCAUUCAAAUAGAUUAGCACUGUCUUUGUGAUUGUUGGAGAAACUAAAAACAUGUAUUGUACUCCAUAUUGGUAGAGAGGCAGGUCUUUGUUCAGGUGUUCCCUGAUUCUGGCAAUGUACCUGUGUCUGUUUCAAAAGUUGAUAUUUUCUUUUGGAGUCUUGAAGAUUCAUAAAAGUGCUUUACCUCCCGAUUAUACGUUUUGAAAACUCAUGUAGCCUUUCAUCUAAAACCACGAAUUCUCCAUUAUCUUCUCACGUAUCCUCUCAUAUUUCCUCCGACAUAGGUAGCUCCCUUCUAGAUUAAUAGUAGAACUUUCCAUUGAGCAUCAUUGCAAAGAUUCCUGAUAAUUCCAAUGGCAGACACAACUGAUUGAGUACAUGUGACAAGUCAAAAAAAAAAAAGGGUGCAAGGACAAUAUUCUACCCCGAUGCUUCACCUUUCCACUUUGUUAGUAAUAGUAACUUGUAUUCUCUAGAGGUCCUAUGUAAGAAUAUAUACAUAUGUACAAGUGACAAUAUGCAAGAAAUCCCUUAUAGUCUAGGGAUAUUAUAUAAAACAUUAUAUAUCUCUAGCACCCUUCUCAAACUCAUAGCGGAUCAAGCACACUGAGUUUGGAGAGAUAGAACAUGCGCUGAGCUGUACUCUGUGCCUUUGUUAAGAAAUCAGCUAACUGAAGCUCGGAAGGAACAUACUAAAGAGCAAUCACCUCAUCCUAUACCUGCGUCCGUGUGUAAGAAACAUCAACACCAAUACCGAUAGUGAGUGCAUGUAGACCUCCUCACGCAACUCACCAUUAAGAAAGGCAUUCUUGACAUCAAGUUAGGAGAUAGACCACUUACGCAUAGAAGCAACAACAAGAAGAGUGCGCACUGUAGUGUGGGUCAGCAGAGCAAAAGUCUUAUCAUAGUCACGACCAUGCUCCUGUUAGAAAUCACGGGCAACAAGACAAGCCUUAUAACGCUCAAGAGAACCAUCAAAGCGAGUUUUAACCUUAUAGACUUAUUUGCACGUGAUAGGGCAAACAUGUGGGGGAAGCAGAUCAAGAUCCCACGUGCCAGUGCGCUCAAGAGCAGCAAGCUCCUCAACCAUCGCAUGCCGCCAUUCCUGAUGAAUAACAGCCUCAUGAUAAGAAGAUGGCUAACCAGGAACAACAAACGAUUAGGAGGUUGAAUUGAUUGGUGAUCACGAAGAGAAUACCGAGAGGAAGGAACUUAAUCAUCAGAAGGAGAUGACUCAUCAAAAAGUGGCUCAGCGGGAUGUGAGACAACACGGAAACGACGAGUAUAGUGGAAAAGAAAAGGCCUAACCAGACAGAAGUAGUAGGAGCAUGAGACGAGGAUGCCAAAGGCGUGGAAGACACCUAAGUAGGCACAACAGGAGAGGGCACCAAUGGUGUCCGAGGAAGUGAAGAAGAAACAAGUGUGGCAGGAAAAGUGAGAAAGGGUAGAGGCUCGACCAAGGAUGUUGAAGUAAUGGAAGGUAUGGGACGAGGAUAAAAGGAACGAGACUCAUCAAAAGUAACAUCCCAAGAAAUACGCAUUCGGCGAGCAACAGUGUCCCAACACCUAUAACCUUUAUGCUUAGCAUUGUAGCCAAGAAAGAUACACUUAACAGAUUGAGUAGUUAGUUUGGUACGUUCACGCGACGCGAGAAGAACGUAACAAACACAACAAAAAAGACGAAGAGCGGAGUAGUCAGGAAGGCGUCCACAUAGACGCUCGAGAGGAAUCCCACCCUUGAGAGCAGAAGAGGGUUGGAUAUUGACCAAGUAUGUGGCAAGGGAGACCGCUUCAGCCCCAAAAUAAGGUGGAACAGAAGAGGCAAGUAUAAGCACAUGAGCAGUCUCAAGGAGAUGACGAUGCUUGCGCUCAGCAACACCAUUCUGAGCAUGAGCUCCAGGGCAAGAGAACUGAGACAACGUACCCUAUUCAGCAAGAAAGGAACGAAGAUGCCCAGACAAAAAUUUACCAACAGAGUCAAUACGAAAGACAUGAAUAGGAGUGUCAAACGGAGUGCGAAUCAUAGUAGCAAAAGACUUAUAUAUAGAUAACAUCUCGCUACGAGAAGACAUGAAAUAAAUCUAAGUGUGACGAGAGAAAUCAUCUAUAAAGAUAAUAUAGUAGCUAUAACCCCCGUUCGAAACGAAGAGAGUUAGACCCCAUACAUUUGAAUGAACAAUGUCAAAAGGACGUUGAAACACUAACUCACUAUGAGGAUAAGAAUGCUGAAUCUGUUUGCCAAGCUUAUAACUUUGACAAUCUAAGGACGUAUCUCUUGAAACAGACCCUAAAAGACCACGACGAACUAAUGAAGACAGACGUGACCCACAAAUAUGACCUAUACGAUAAUACCACUGCUGGAAGAAGCCAGUAGUCGAGGAAGCAGAAAGCCGACAGCGGCAGUGGAAGGAAGACGAAACCAGUCAAGCUCCCAUAGAUGCUGAGAAUCAUGGCGCCUGGGGCCAGUACUAAUCAGAGCACCUGUGCAACGAUUCUAAACACAGUAAGAGUCAGAAUCUAGGAUAACACGACAACCAUAGUCAGUAAAUUGACCAGCUGACAUGAACUGCAUGGUGAGUUGGGGAACAUGAGCAACAGAGGGGACACUAAAAGAAGUGCUAAGAGUGCCUCAGCCAGCAAUAGAAAGGGAAGUACCAUCAACGGUAACAAUAUAAAUAGGAGAAACAAGAGGAUGAAGCGAUGACAGACUGGAAGAAUCAGAAGUCAUAUGAAAAGAUGCUCUUGAGUUAAGAAUCCAAGGUGAAGUACUUGACUGUGUAGAAGGUGGUGUCUCAGUGACAGAAGAGAGAGUAGCAGAACCAGCAGAACCUGUCAGUACAGAGCUAGAGGUAGCAACCAGGCGACAAAGCAGUGUCACAAUCUCCUAUAGAGUGUCGGUCGAAGAGGUAGUCGAGGAGGUAGCUGAGGUGGAAGCACCAGAGGAACGUCGAAGAUGCUUCUUCUUCCGGUAGCAGUUCGCCUCGACAUGUCCCUCCUUGCUACAGUAGGCGCAGCGAGGGCAACCACCACCACCGAAGUGGGCACAGGUAGUGAAGGAGUCGCAUGAGCAACAAACAACAGUGUAGUCAAAGACGUAGGGCCAACAAGUGGACCUGCAGAGAGCCUCCUCUGAGCGCAGCUCCGUAAGAGCCCCUACAAGCGUGACACGAGGAUGUCAAGCAAGCAGUUGAACCCUACACUGCUCAAACUCUGGAUGAACGUGAGUUAGUAACUCGUAGAUGCGUCGAAAGUCACGCUCAGCUUGUAGAUCCAAGCAGCACUGACAAGAGUGGCAACCAGCAACAGAAAGAGAGUCCAACUGAUGCCACACAUCUGUCAUCUGAGCAUAAAAAGCAUCAAUUGUGGCAUCACCCUGCUGAAGAGACUGCUCCUGACAAACAACAGACAGAUAGAGAGCAUCCCCUGACGGCUCAUAGGUUUGACGAAGAUGAGCCCACAUCUAAAAGGAAGUAGAGAAUCUAACAAUCUCAUAAGAAAACCUAUGCUCCAUACUAGCAAUCAGAAUAGACGUCGCACGAGCACCAUCAUCCAUCCACUGAGCAAUGUCAGACAAUCGGUCACGGUACAGCUCCAAAGCUUCUGAAUAGGCGGAGACAGCCUUCUCAUAAGCAGCUGUGGCGAUAUCAAUAGCUGUCUUGCCUCCUUUGUCAACAGUCGACUGCACGGGCUCCGUCGAAGGCUCCAGGGAAGGCAUACAAGGAACAUCACCACAAAGAACACCACAAAGACGAAGGCCGCGCAUGUGAACGCGCAUAUGUUGCACGAAGUCCUGAUAAUUAGCACCAUCAAAUAUCACCGAGCACCGAGGAACUGAAACGGUGUUCGACGACAUCCUGAAGAGGUGACGAAUGACGGCAAGAGCGCAAAGGAGAAGCGGCGGUCGACGGCGGGAGUGUAAAGGUAGCGGUGAGCAACAGCAAGUAGCAACGAACGACGACAAAAGCGCAAAGAAAAGCGGCAAGCGACGGCGAGAGCGCAAAGAAAGCGGUGAGCUGUUGCCCUUUUUUUUUUAAUCUCAAACAAAAAAAUGAGUCACUUCAGUUCACAGCCACACGGACCGAGCGAAACGCAGAGGUAGACAGACACCAAUCGAGCAGCGCCGGCCGAGCAGGCAGCUGGCGAAGGAGUUUGGCGAGGAGGCGGUGGCAGCUGGCGAAGGAGUCCGGUGUGGAUGCGGCGGCGGUCGGUCAAGCAGCUGACGAAGGAGUCUGGCGAGGAGGUAGUGCCACGAGAUCUGGUGUGCGUUGGCGAAGUCCGGCAUGGAGGCGGACAGGGUCGGGCGAGCAGAAGCAAGUGGCCCGUCAACACAUGCAGUGGUAGAGCCGGUGCUAGGGUAGAUCCGGUCGUUGCAGCGGUCGACGAGACUCAGGAGGGAGGCGACACACGGCGCGUUCGGCAGGCGGGAGGCACGUGGAGCACCGGCCGAGCAGGAGGGAGGCGGCGCACGCCUGGCGGAAGACAGAAGCAUGGGAUCAGGGCAAUCCGAUCGGGAGAACGACGGAUCCGGCCGGGGAGAGGACGGAUCCAGCCAGGGGAAGAUCGGAUCGGGAGGGGUAGAAGUCGAAUCUGAUGAGCACUGUAGAUGAACAGUCACCGAAAGACGUGUGAAGUUGCAACACGUGGAGAGAGGAACCCAAACCCUAAAUUUUGACUCUGUAUACCAUAUUAGGAAUAACAACUUGUAUUCCUUAGAGACUCUGGGCUAGAAUAUAUACACAUGUACUAAUGACAAUAUACAAGAAGCCCCUUAUAAUCUGGGGAUACACAAAGUAAUAUAUACCUCUAACACACUUUACACAUGAAAUGAUACACCAUGCCGUCAUGGGGUCAUGGCAACCAACAAUGUUUUUAAGUAAAUAGUUGAGGAUGUACUCCAACAGCUAGAUGCGGAUGGGGAGAGGUGUGAAUGAAGAAGGGACAUGGAUGUGAAAGGAUGUCUAGACCCAUGUGAUGCAAGGAAUCCAGCAUUAGGGCUAGCUUUGUCCCUUUCUCCACGUUUCAAUGCUUCUAAUCCAUCAACAUGGUACCAUUUUGAGGGUCAUUCCAUGUGCCUACUGUUCUUGUCCUCUGUGAUCUGUAUCCUCCUUGUAGUGUCUAUAUCUCUUGCCUUGCAGCUUUUCCAGUGACCUGCAAUGAUGAGCUUCCAGGACACCGUCGUCGGCAGAGGCAGCCGGAUGACCAGCUUAUUCCACUACCAGAGGCUGGAAUGUAGGGACGAUGGGGCCGCCCCGAGGCCCUGGUGGCGGUGGCUGCCGGCCCUGAACGGUAAGGCGGCUUCCCCCUGUUUCUUCCAUGUCAAGAAGCUGAAAUGGAGCAGGAUCACCUCAGCCCUCCUGCCAAGGAAGAUUGCUGAGUUCUCUGCCAAGAUCUGCCGCACCAGCACCGCAACAGAGGCUGACAUUUGCCCAACCGUCAUCUUCAUGUCUCCAUGGGGCCUCCCGGUGUUCUCCCGGCCACUCUUGGCCUGUAACAAGAGCAGGAUCCCCAUGGAAGGGAUUCCUUCUGAGAAGCAGGUAUCAUCUUCUGGGAAGCUCUUCAGGCGUGAUCUCCGUUCCUGGUGAUGAUAUGUAUGUUUGUAUUAUAUAUUGGUGAGCUAGUGCCUAAUUGAUCCUGUAGGUUGAGUAAAAUUUUCUGAUGUCUUCAUGUUCGUGUUGUUCUGCCAGUAGGAUCUGAGCAUAGAUCUGCUGUUUCAUCCUGGUCAGAGCAUCGGAUCUUGUGUGAAAACUAAGUGCAACCCCAAGUUAA